ACCGUGAGGGAGGAAGGACGUUGCCUGAGCAGAAGGAACAUACUCUCAGGAAAAGGGGCCUCUGUGCACUGCGCCAGGAGUAAGACCACUGGGAAGAUCCCCACCGGACAACAAGCUCAGCCUCCCAGGAGGGAGCAGGCCUCCUCAGCUCCUCCGUCAUGAAAUGGCACAUGAUCAUCUCUGUGCUUAUCGUGGUGGCGCUUAAAAUUAUCGGAACGACCCUCUUCCUGCUUUACUUCCCACGGAUUUUUGGUGAAAGUAACGACAGCUUCGGCCCCACAAGGAGCUAUGGAACAGUCUGCCCCAGGAGGUGGGAUUUUCUUCAAGGAAGAUGUUUUUUCUUGUUCACCUCGGAAAUGCCCUGGGACGAAAGCAGGGCCAUUUGUGAAGCGCAAGGAUCGACUUUGGCCAUUGUCAACACACCAGAGAAACUGAGGUUUCUCCAGGACAUAACUGGAGCGGAGAAGUAUUUUAUUGGCUUACGAUACCAGCCGGCAGAGAAAGGGUGGCGUUGGAUCGACAACUCCGUUUUCAACGGCAAUGUCACCAAUCAGCUUCCGGGUUUCAACUGUGUGACCAUGGGCCUAACGAAGACAUUCGAUGCUGCACUGUGUGACACCCCGCACCGCUGGAUCUGUGACAAGCCCACCAAAUGACCGUGUUCUCUGUGGUCUCUGGCAAGAACAACAAAUAGACUUAUGGAGACAGCAGGAGAAAAUACCGAACAUCAAAUUACUGCGCUGUCUCCCACAGGUUACGGGCAGCGCUCCCUAAUGA